AUGGGCAAACUCAUCAAGAACCACUGGGCACGCCUCAUCGUCUUGACCGCUGCCGUCUAUCAAAUCUUGGCUAGUCUCGAGGGUUUCUUCUGGCCCAAGAUCUUCUGGGACUUCCUCACCAAAAACCUCGAUGGAGCCGUCAAGCCAUUUCCUGUCUUACAGAUCAUCAACCUCAUAUUGGGAAUGUUGAGUUUUGCAUGGGAAUGGCCCUUGCAUCCUGUGGUCAAGAUGCUGCCCGGCUUACAUAGGAGCUUCGAGGCCAGAUUGGUGGUGUACCCCUUGUGCGCCCUCGCUGGGGUCAUGAUGUAUCAAGCUACCAAUGCAGCAUUGUAUUAUAUCAUUGGAGUGGUUGUAUAUUUCUGGGCUUAUUCAGAAGGAGAGGUAAGACCACCCCCCUUUUCUGUACUCGCGGACCUUGCUGACGUAAUGCUUCCAGACAGUAUGUCCAGAACCGUGGACUGUUCCGAAGAAGGGUGGUGCCAGACCCGGCCGAGUAUGAGGGAGCCCAGGUAUGCUGGGAAGCGUCGAUUUAUGUAA